UAGACCUUGAACCGUGGAGGUCUUACUACCUGGAUACCGGCCUGAAGCUGGGUGGGCACCAGUCUUAACGAGACAAACAAACAAAACAAGAAAGAAAGAAACGAUCCCUUUUCCUCUUUUUACCGGACUUCUAUUUCUCUAUUUCACUCUUUAAUGGAAGCAUCCUCCAGAUCAUCAGUCAUGACGAGCCGACUUUUUCACAUUCUGAAUUUGUUGAUGAUACUUGAGUCCAGCUGGGCUCACCUCGCAUCUGAGAGUCUUGACGGAGCCGUGCGUCAAGGCGCCGACCCUCCGCCAGCUGAGGAUCAGCGCGCCUUUGCGCAGGAAAGCGCGAACCGGGACAUGGUCUCCGUCAGUAUGUUCAAAGUGUACGAGAAGUACAGUAAAGAGACGCAGAGCCAAAAGGAGGGAAACACCGUGAGAAGUUUUAAAGCUGCCCCAAGAGUCUCACAAGGUAAAGAUGUGUUCCAGUUCAACCUGUCCUCCAUCCAAACCUCCGAGAUCAUCCUCUCUGCCUCUUUUCACUUCCUCUACAAGCGUCCCCGCCGCCACCACCAGAAAGAGUGGCAUUUCAGAAGGCCCCGCCACUCUUCCAGCGGCCUACAGCAUUCCCAUCCUCCCUCCUCGCAUCUCCUUUUCUAUGGAUCCUUGCCAAACAAUGCUUUUGCAACUCCGCUUGGAAACAUAACCCUUACAUCUUUCAAGAGAGGCUCUUGGCAAACACGGGAUGUAACUGCAGUGGUGAAACACGCCAGGGUUGUCAAGGAGCUCGUGAUCACGGUCGAGUGUGAUAUUGGGUCUGAGGAAGCAAGGUUGCAGCAGAGAAGUGCUUGUGGCCAAGAGCGCCUCUCCUCAAACAGCUUGCCAUACAUCUUGGUCUAUGCUGACGAUAAAGCUAUAGAUGAGCCAAAUAGUGUGGCCAUGUCACUUCAGAGGUAUGGACCUUUUCCUGUUGGGGAGGACCUGUCCACUUCAACCUCACCUUUAAGGAUUAGGAGAGAACUUCAUCUCCAGAUCCAAACCAACAACAUCCCUGAGGUCCAUUUCAGCACCUUAAAAAACCACGAACUGUGGCAGAGUACGUAUUUCCCAGAUAAAGCCAAAGCUUCAGUCAAGGGUGGAAGAAAGCAGGUGAGCAGUGACGGUAUUAAUAAGCCCCAGGUGCUGAGCUUUGAUGAGAGGACAAUGAAGAAGGCGAGAAGGAGACAGUGGAGUGAGCCGAGAGUUUGCUCUAGGCGCUACCUUAGGGUAGAUUUCGCUGAUAUUGGCUGGAGCGAGUGGGUGUUGGCACCAAAGUCCUUUGAUGCCUACUACUGCGCCGGGACCUGUGGAUUCCCCAUACCAAAAGUGGCGCGUCCCUCCAAUCAUGCCACCAUCCAGAGCAUCGUCAGAGCUGUGGGAAUCGUUCCUGGUAUCCCUGAACCAUGCUGCGUUCCAGACAAGAUGAGCCCCCUCAGUGUCCUUUUCCUGGACCCAGACAGGAACAUGGUGCUGAAGGUAUACCCCGGCAUGUCUGUGGACACGUGCGCCUGUCGGUAGGGCCACCUAGGAAAUUCUGAUGCGUGAUGAUGAGAGACUGUGACAUAGACUAUAAUAAAGGCUUAAGAGGUGGCACAUGUCAGAAAGCAGAGCUGUUGAAGUUGAAUCCUACAAGGACAACUGAUGAAGUAUGAUUUUUUUUUUUUCUGGAUUAUUGGACUUGUUUGGUUUCUGACAUGUCUGGACGCUGCCUUAAGUUUCUCCUGCUGUUCUAACAAUUUAUAUAGAUGUGUUUUAUUACUUUUCAGUGAUUUUCUCCCCUCCUUCAAAGCAUGACUGAGGAAGUGCCCUUAAAGAAACCUGUGUUAGUAAUUCUCUGUGAGUACAGAGCCUCUGCAGGUAGAUCACAUUUCCCUUGAAUGUUAAAAAGCUUUGUCAGUCCUUUUCUGUUUCUGUUUUACAUUUGAAACAAUUUAUAAAGUGACAUUUCCAUUUUUUAUAUUUGGUGUCAGAAUAGACGCAGACUCAAGCGGAUUUUAAGAUUUCACUGGACUCCUCAAAAAAUGGCCUUUUCAGGAAUGUUUUCAGACUUUUUAGCUGAGCUGGGUUUAAACUGUUUUUCACUUCUGUUUUCUUCAGCAUUUCUUUUUCAAACUGAGUGUUUGUCAUAAUGAAAACCCUGAUCCUUAUGAAUAUUUUUUUAAAUAGAGGCUGCAGUCUCUUUUCUUUCCAACAAAUUACCCACCCCUUUUUAUGUAAAUAUUGUGUAAUGCAAACUAUGUGGUGGCAUUAUAUCAUGCAUGGGAGGUCUUAUUCUCCUCAAACUAAUUUCAGUAGAUAUCUGUUUAUAUCUUGUAUAUAAAGAGUGUAUUUUAUUGCUCACUGAGUGUUAAAGCAUGUCAAACUUUACGUGGGAAGGCUGCUGUAUGACAGGGUUAAAAACAGUGCGCUGCUGCCACCUGCUGGGCGUUUUCUGAAACUCGAAGGUGCUGAAGAACGUUGUAUGAAAGGCAUAUUGUACCUGUGGUUAUUCAAUAUUUCCCUUUAGUGAAUAAAUAUAGCUUGUCAAAAUGGCUUGUACAGUUAGUGAUAUGUACAGUAAUACUACUGGAUUUCUAUAGUAACUAAAAAGGGACAUGUAUGUGUUUAUCUGCUCUAAUAACCAAAUGACUAUAAAGUGUACUUAAACUGUGCUGGGAUAUUCGUUUUAACGGAUUGUAUACUUAGUAUGGAAAAAGCUGAAUUGUAUAUACAUUCAAAGAUAGAAAAAGCAAAAAAGUGACAAUAAUAUGUUUGUUGGUGUAUGAUUAGGAUCAUAAUCAUGAUUUGAUUUGAAGUACUUGACCAGUAAGUAGGGAUGAACAGAUAUUGGCCAAAUUUCUGUAUCAGCAGUUAUUCAGCUUUAUAAAUGCAAUCGGUCAAAUUUUUGCCUUAAAAUUGACUAGAAUAAUUUACAUUUUCUUUUACUGGACAGUGAUAAAUUUUUCAGGUCAUAUAAGCACAAAAAUCAUAAAGCUGGCUAUGGUUUACCAGGCUACAAAGUAUUUUAAAAUUGUAAUAUUAUUUUAACAAAAAUGACCUUUUUAUGUAAAUGGUUAAUAAAGUUUGUUUUUUAAAAUAAAGUUGGAUG